UUGCAGGCCAAACCUUGGCAAAUAAUCGAAGCAGAUAUAUCGUCAAUUUCGGCAGCAUGUACAAGCGGAUGCAAAGAUGGUGGCGUUGAGCUGAAAACUUAUAUUGACAAACGACUAACCGGUUACCGAAUUGCUCAGAAGUUGAACUGCCCGUACGAACAAACCGGCUGUGUUUACUGUGCACUGUUUUUAUUUGUGUACAUUAUGCACACGGUUUUGUUGCCCUUGGUCUGUUGGGAAGCUGGUUUACGCACAAGGCCCGGUACUUCCAAUAAUUUUCUUCAACAGGCAAAGCUCUAUGGAGAUAGAAAUCCAUUUUCGCGUACGGAGUGA